UCACACAGACCCUAUUUAUAUACCCCCACUCCCUCUCUCUCACACUCACUCACCACAGCGACCGCCACUGCCGCCACUGAAAAUGUCGCCGCCACCGCUACCGCUACCGCAUGUUGUCUUGGUUUCAACUUUCCUGUUCAUUUUCCUCCUCCACCACUCUGCCACCACCGCCCUUGCCUCCUCUUCUUCGUCACAGACGCUAAACACGCAAACAGAGUCCUUGAUCAACCCGAAACUCCCACCGAGAACGCUCUCGUCCUCGAAGAAGUUCGAGGGCUCCUCCGAGCUAGUCCACCUCCGGUACCACAUGGGUCCGGUACUCUCCUCAUCCCCGAUCAACCUCUACCUCAUCUGGUACGGCCUCUGGAACAAACCCCAAAAGCUACUCAUCAAAGACUUCAUCCUCUCACUCUCUCCCUCCACUCCCACCGCCCCAUCACCCUCCGUGUCCGACUGGUGGCGCACAGUCUCCCUCUACACCGACCAGACCGGAGCCAAUGUAUCCCGGAAUGUCCUCAUCGCCGGGGAGUACGCCGACCUCAAACACUCCCACGGGACCCAGCUGACCCGCCUCGACAUCCAACAAGUCAUCGCCACGGCCGUCAAGUCGGCGCCAUUCCCCAUCGACCACCGCAACGGGGUCUACCUCGUGCUGACCUCCCAGGACGUGGUCGUCCAGGAGUUCUGCCGGGCCGUCUGUGGCUUCCACUACUUCACCUUCCCGUCCAUGGUGGGCUACACUAUCCCCUACGCCUGGAUUGGCAACUCGGCCAAGCAAUGCCCGGAGGUCUGCGCCUACCCGUUCGCUAUACCCGGCUACAUGACCGGCGGUGGCCCCGGGGCCCUGUUGCCGCCGAACAGGGACAUCGGAGUGGACGGCAUGAUCAGCGUGAUCGCGCACGAGCUGGCGGAGCUGUCGACGAACCCGCUAGUGAACGCGUGGUAUGCCGGGGAGGACCCAACUGCGCCGACGGAGAUAGGGGACUUGUGCGAAGGUUUGUACGGGACAGGCGGGGGAGGUGGGUAUUUAGGGCAGGUGAUGAGGGAUAGGGGGGGUAGGACUUAUAAUCUGAAUGGGAGGUCGGGAAGAAGGUUCCUUGUGCAGUGGAUCUGGAGCCCUGUUUUGCAGGCUUGUGCCGGUCCUAAUGCCUUGGAUUAAUUCUCUCUUUUUGGGGGGUUUUUAGGAUUUAUUUAUUUAUACAGGGUUGGAAGCUGAUGAGCUAUGCUUUAGCUUAUCUUCUUCUUCUUCUUUUUUUUUUUUUUUUUUUUUUUUUUCAUAUUUUGAUGGGUAAUUUAGAUGUACAACCAUAGAAGGAAGAUGGAGGGUUGGUGGUGGUGGUGGUGGUGGUGGUGGGGUUUUUAGAUCUCAAAUUAUAUAGUAAUAGUAUUAUUUUAUGUCUCUGUUUUCAUUUGAGGAAAUUCAAUAGAAUUCAUAUUGAUGAAGUGGGGUUUUGAUUUUCCUUUCUUUUUUUUCAAGCAUCUUCUUAUUGCUUGAAGUUGAGUGUAAUCAAAAUUUGGGAGAAUCA